CUACUGAAUAGUAGGUUUAUUAGGAUCAAUCAAUCUAACCCUUAAUACAGAGUAGGAAAUCUUACAUCUACUUCUAUACUACACUUUAUCCUUGCCUCCAUAAAAAAACAUCCUCACCCACAACAUAAACCAUGUCUGAUUUCGAAGAUAACGCAUACAACGAAGGUGCUGAAAAUUAUGAUGACUUUGAUCAACCAGAACAUUUUUCUGAAGAUGAGUUCAAUGAACCAGCUGGCCAAGCCCAGGGUGAAACUGACGCCCAUGCCACCAACGGUGGUGACGUGGAAAUGAAGACCGAAGAUGGAAGAACUAUAAUCAAUGGUGGUAUUGGAGGUGAAGAAAUUAGACCAAAAUCCACCAAAGAGUUGGCUAUUGCUAGAGAAGAUAGAACUACUACCCCUUACAUGACCAAGUACGAAAGAGCCAGAGUAUUGGGUACCAGAGCAUUGCAAAUUUCCCUUAACGCCCCUGUUUUGGUUGAUAUUGAAGGUGAAACUGAUCCAUUGCAAAUCGCUAUGAAGGAAUUAUCUCAAAGAAAGAUCCCAUUAGUGGUGAGAAGGUACUUACCAGAUGGAUCUUUUGAAGAUUGGGGGUGUGAUGAGUUGAUCAUUGACCAUUAGAAUGAUGAGAUAAGACAAAACAAAGCAAAAAAGCAAAAAGAAAGAAAUAGAAGUUUAGGACAAGCGUGAAUGUAGGAU